GUAUGUCUCAGUCUCUCCUUUCCUCGUGUGUUGUUUUUGUCUUGCGAGUGGCUAUGGUGGAUGUAUGCUGCAUGUGCGGCGAUGUUGGUUUCCAUGACAAACUUUUCCGCUGCAAAAAAUGUCGUUACCGCUUCCAACACUCAUAUUGUAGUAACUUGUAUGGUGAAUUAACGGAAAUACAAGUGUGCGAUUGGUGCCAAAGUGAAGCCAAAACCACAACAAGGCCGCAUAACAAACCGGUGGUGGCUUUAGCGUCUAACGUCCGUAGUUGUCAAUAUUCCUCCACCUCAUCCUCCUCCUCUUCCUCCUCCUCCGGCCAUAAAUUAAUGAAGGAGAACGGUGGUAAUUCGGAGAAGGCCGGGAAGAGUAGUCCAAUUCCUUCACCUAGACACGCCACACGCAGGUAUAAGCUUCUCAAGGAUGUCAUGUGUUGAUCAAACACAUCCAUAUACUAUUAGUAUUUCAACUUUUAUGUUUGUAGAAUUAAAUUAAUGUUUAAUUAUCAGUCUUUUUAAUAAUUUCUCUUGUUUUGGCUCACUUUUUUUUUUUUUUUUGUGAAUACAAACUUCAAUGUAUGCAUGUAUGUACCAUGCUGUCCCAUAAUCAAUCUACAUAUAAAUUAUAAUAUUCCUACCA